GAGCCUGGAGGUGCAGGGCGGGCUCCGAGAGCACUCUCGGGGCUUCUCCUGCCAGAGCAGCGGCGGCUGGAACUCGCUCCCUCUCUCCUUCCAUCCUCCCCUUUCCCGUGAUCGGCCCCAUCACCACGCCAGGCCCCCCUCCCCUGCCGUCAUCACGCUCCCCUUCUCCCUUCGUGGCGCUUUCCUCUCGAACCAUCCUUCUGGACAAACUUUGAUGGAGAAUUUCACACCACGCUGGAAAAAUGCCGGUUAUGAAAGGAUUACUGGCGCCCCAGAACACCUUCCUCGACACCAUCGCCACCCGUUUUGACGGAACACAUAGCAACUUCAUCCUUGCGAAUGCCCAGGUGGCUAAGGGUUUCCCCAUAGUCUACUGUUCCGAUGGCUUCUGUGAGCUUGCUGGAUUUGCCCGAACUGAAGUCAUGCAGAAGAGUUGCAGCUGCAAAUUCUUAUUUGGGGUUGAAACCAACGAGCAACUGAUACUUCAAAUAGAAAAGUCACUAGAGGAAAAAACAGAAUUCAAAGGAGAAAUUAUGUUCUACAAGAAGAACGGAUCUCCAUUUUGGUGCCUGUUGGAUAUUGUUCCUAUAAAGAAUGAGAAAGGAGACGUGGUACUUUUUCUGGCCUCCUUCAAAGAUAUAACAGAUACAAAAGUGAAGAUUACUCCAGAAGAUAAAAAAGAAGACAAAGCCAAAGGAAGAUCAAGAGCAGGGACCCACUUUGACUCAGCCCGGAGACGGAGUCGAGCGGUCCUUUAUCACAUCUCUGGGCACCUGCAAAGAAGAGAAAAGAACAAACUGAAAAUAAAUAAUAACGUUUUUGUAGAUAAACCAGCAUUUCCGGAGUACAAAGUUUCUGAUGCAAAAAAGUCCAAAUUCAUACUUUUGCAUUUUAGCACUUUUAAAGCUGGCUGGGACUGGCUUAUUCUGUUGGCGACGUUUUAUGUUGCCGUGACUGUACCUUACAAUGUUUGCUUUAUCGGCAACGAUGACCUGUCCACGACUCGGAGCACAACAGUCAGUGACAUUGCAGUGGAGAUUCUUUUUAUUAUAGAUAUUAUUUUAAAUUUCCGAACAACCUAUGUCAGCAAGUCUGGCCAGGUUAUCUUUGAAGCAAGAUCAAUUUGCAUUCACUACGUCACAACCUGGUUCAUCAUUGAUUUAAUCGCUGCCCUGCCUUUUGACCUCCUGUAUGCUUUCAACGUCACAGUGGUGUCUCUUGUGCAUCUCCUGAAGACAGUACGGCUGCUGCGUCUUUUGCGUCUGCUGCAGAAGUUGGACCGUUAUUCCCAACAUAGCACAAUCGUCCUGACUCUGCUCAUGUCCAUGUUUGCGCUCCUUGCACACUGGAUGGCAUGUAUCUGGUAUGUCAUUGGAAAAAUGGAGAGGGAAGACAACAGCCUUCUGAAGUGGGAAGUUGGUUGGCUCCAUGAGUUGGGAAAGAGACUGGAGUCUCCAUACUAUGGCAACAAUUCUUUGGGGGGCCCGUCGAUCCGGAGUGCCUAUAUUGCUGCUCUGUACUUCACCCUCAGCAGCCUCACCAGUGUUGGGUUUGGGAACGUCUCUGCUAAUACAGAUGCAGAAAAGAUCUUCUCCAUCUGCACCAUGCUGAUUGGUGCCUUGAUGCAUGCCUUGGUAUUUGGAAACGUGACGGCGAUCAUACAGAGGAUGUACUCCAGAUGGUCCCUCUACCACACUAGAACUAAGGAUCUGAAGGACUUCAUACGUGUCCAUCACCUGCCCCAGCAGCUGAAGCAGAGGAUGCUCGAAUAUUUCCAAACAACCUGGUCAGUCAACAAUGGAAUAGAUUCAAAUGAGCUUUUGAAAGACUUUCCAGAUGAGCUGCGUUCUGACAUCACUAUGCACCUGAACAAGGAAAUCUUACAGUUGUCCCUUUUUGAGUGUGCCAGCAGGGGCUGCCUCAGAUCUCUGUCUCUACACAUCAAAACCUCCUUCUGUGCUCCGGGGGAGUAUCUUCUGCGUCAAGGAGAUGCUUUGCAGGCCAUCUACUUUGUAUGCUCGGGCUCCAUGGAAGUUCUUAAAGACAGCAUGGUGCUGGCUAUUCUUGGGAAAGGGGAUUUAAUUGGAGCAAAUCUAUCAAUUAAGGACCAAGUGAUCAAGACCAAUGCAGAUGUGAAGGCUUUAACCUACUGUGAUCUCCAGUGCAUCAUCCUCAAAGGACUCUUUGAAGUGCUAGACCUUUACCCAGAAUACGCUCACAAAUUCAUGGAAGACAUUCAGCAUGACCUCACGUACAACCUUCGAGAAGGUCAUGAGAGUGAUGUGAUAUCAAGAUUAUCGAACAAAUCUACGAUUUCGCAGUCAGAGCCCAAGGGAAAUGGCAGCAUCAAUAAGAGACUCCCAUCCAUUGUGGAAGAUGAGGAAGAGGAGGAGGAGGAGGAAGAGGAGACAGUCUCCCUCUCUCCCAUCUACACCAGGGGAUCCUCCUCUUCACGCAGCAAGAAGGUUGGAAGCAAUAAAAGCUAUCUCGGCUUGAGCUUGAAGCAGCUGGCCUCAGGAACAGUGCCAUUUCACUCACCUAUCAGAGUCUCCAGUACAAAUUCCCCAAAAACCAAACAGGAAGCUGACCCCCCUAACCAUGGUAAGAGGAAAGAGAAGAACUUGAAAUUGCAGCUUUCAACUUUGAAUAGUGCUGGACCCCCAGACCUCAGUCCAAGGAUUGUUGAUGGAAUUGAAGAUGGAAACAGUAGUGAAGAAAGCCAGACUUUUGACUUUGGCUCUGAACGAAUCAGGCCGGAGCCCAAAAUUUCUCCUCCACUCAGAGACCCAGAGGUUGGAGCUGCUGUUCUCUUCAUCAAAGCAGAGGAGACCAAGCAGCAGAUAAACAAACUCAACAGUGAGGUAACAACAUUGACUCAGGAGGUCUCCCAGUUAGGUAAAGAUAUGAAGAAUGUGAUGCAGCUCCUAGAAAACGUCCUGUCACCCCAGCGGUCAUCACGGUUUUGCUCUCUGCACACCCCCUCUGUGUGUCCCUCCAGGGACAGCUUACAGACCAGGACAACCUGGAGUACACACCAACCUUGUCUACACUUGCAAGCAGGUGGAGCUGCUUAUACCCAAGCACAACUUUGUCACGGUAAUGUCACCUCAGACAUUUGGAGUGUGGAUCCCUCCUCUGUGGGGAACAGCCCCCAACGAACUGGAGCUCAUGAGCAAAAUCCUGUAGACAGUGAACUUUAUCAUUCUCCAAACCUCGAUUAUUCACCUGCCCACUACCAGGUUGUCCAAGAAGGUCAUUUGCAAUUUCUAAGGUGCAUCUCUCCACAUUCAGAUUCUACACUGACACCUCUGCAGUCCAUUUCGGCGACUCUCUCGUCCUCUGUUUGCUCCUCCUCAGAAACAUCUUUGCACCUUGUUCUCCCAAGUAGAUCAGAGGAGGGCAGCUUCAGCCAGGGAGCCGUGAGUUCCUUCAGUCUGGAAAACUUGCCCGGAUCUUGGGACCGGGAAGGAAUGGCACCAGUCUCUACUGAACCCUUGGAGAACUUUCCAUUGGAAGUUGUCACAAGCACAGCAGCAGUGAAAGAUAACAAUAAAGCCAUAAAUGUAUGAUAUUCGUGCAUGCGAGGUAGCUGCCAAUUUCAAAUCCACCACUGCAUGACAGCUUUAGUUUGCCUUUUUGCCUCUGGCAGGCAUGAAGACUGGGCAAAGUUGGAGUCCUGCAGACGAGAGUGUGAGCAGCCACAGAAAGGCAGAACCACCUCCAUACUGUAGCAAACACUUUCUAGAUCCUAGAAACAUAAUAGAAACAUUUUCCUGUACAGAUACUAACUUUCUGGUCUGUUUGACAGACUUUGGUAAAAGUCCAAAGACCCUGAGGGUCUGAGCAACUAGAAGUCCCAGACAAAGAAUUUGUGGAUUCGUUUUGUCCUAAGUGGCUUUUGUGAAGUGCGGCAAAGCUUUUUCCAGAGUGCCUGGUUGUCAUUCCUGAACAAUAGCCAUAGCCCUGUUGGCCUCAGGAGUGCGUAGCUCCUGCCGAUCUAUUUUUCUCUUUGUGAAGGUGAAGGGACAAUUAUCACUGCAUGUCAUCUCCUAGACAAUCAGUCCAACAGAGCUGGUGGCCAGUGGUUAGCAAUUGCACGUUAUUUGCCAUGUAAAUGAACAUGUCUUUAUUUAUCAAAAAAAAAGAGGCUAUUUUUAUAUCCUUGGUAUGAAAUAUGUAUUUAAACUAUUUAAAAUAUUUAUAAAGAAAUGAAUGUUUUCUUUUCAUUUUGGUAAAAAAAGAAAAGCUCGCUGUUUUAACAAGAAAUGCACUACUGUUAUAUAUAGUAGAUCAAACAUUAUUUAUUAUUAAGAGGAUGUAGUUUCAAGAGGAAUCCCCCUUUUACCUGCAUGCAGUUUGCAACAAAUGUAUCCCCAUGCUUCUGGAUUACAGAAGAAAAGUGAGGUCAUAUUUUAUUAAUGAAAUAAAAACAUGGUUUGAGUGUCAAGUACAUGAGGUCUGGCAUGGUGGUAGGGAGGGUUCCACCUUGUCUCUGCUGACUCACAUCAAUGACCCGAAUUAAGGCAGCCCCCAGUGUGCCAGCAUAAAUGUCUUUCCUCCGGGCAUCAUACUUUAUUAUUCAGGAACCCCAAAUUGGUCUGUGGAAUAUGAGAUCACAACAACAUUGAGCCAUUUGGGCCUCAAAAUAAGGGAGAAAACCUUAGGUGUAUCCUUCCCCUGUGCUGUUCUUUCAGGAGAGGUUGUAGACCCAUGAAAAUUCCAAAAUGGAGCCAUGACUUCUGAGCUAUGACUGUGAGAGUGAUGCCAACUUGCAUUGGAUCAGCGCUUUAAUUUUUUUCUUUAAAGUUCUCAACAAUGCUGUAAGUUAUGCGAAGCAGGUGUUUUCAUUCUCAUUUUGCAGAGAAAAAAAGAAUCCCAGAGCUUACACAGCAAGGAUGCUGAAGACAGUCUAGAAUUCAUAAUGCUCCCUGCAUCUCAACCAAUGUGGAAAUUGAGAUGCUGGGCUUGGUAAUGAUUUAAAUGUCUUCACUUAAGUUUUAUUUUGUGUUUAAGAACAUUUAGGGCCUAACCAUCCCAGACAUUCUUAGAAAACAUAUUGAAUUCUCAUUCUGGACUUCCCCUGUUCUUAUUUCCCACCACAAAGGGUAAACAAUCUGAGAACUGGAUCAUUAGAAACAUCUAAA